AUGACUGAUGCAAAAUCUCUAGAGGCGGUCUAGGUAAUCCUGUUUCUCCCCCCGCCCUCCCUCUCUUUCUCUCUCUCUCUCUCUCUCUGUGUCUCUCUCUCUUGCUGUCGCUCUCUCUCUAUCGCUAUUUGUCCCUCAUCUGGCAUUGUUUGAUCUGUAAGGGGUAGAUCUUAGUUCUGUAUUGUUUGAUUCGAGAAGCGACCAGGUGUAGAAUUUUUGUGGUUGAUGCUCUCUGCUGACGCAGUUUCAAUUGGUUUUAAUUGAUGGUUGCAGCAAAGCAGACAAGGUUCGGGAUCGGCUUUCCGCCAUGGAUAAAAAGGUAUACGGCGAGGUAUUCCAUUUUUCCUCUCUCUCUCUCUCUGUCGCUAGAUGUCUGAAUCAAACCGUGAAUUUGAUCCGAAGGGUAUAUCUUUCUUGGAUCUCAUCUCCGGAUCUGUGAGCUGGGUUUGAAUCUGAGUAUUGUUUUCUCCGAAUGGACGACUCCUGGUUUGUUCGCCCUUCCUCUCCCUUCCCAUCUCCGUCCCCUGCGUGUGGACCCUUGUGGGAAAGGUGACCAAGAGUUCCAAGUUUUCCUCUCUUAUUGUUUUGCCUUAAGCAUAUAAGUCGCUAGCUGACGAUAUUUAAUUGUCCUAGACAGGAGGCACGGAUGAAGAAAAUUGGUCCAGAUCCUCUUUCUUUUCCUUCUUCGAUCCCUCACAAGUGAUCUCUUGUAUACAUGCACACGCAUGCAAACUGUCAUCAGUGAAUGAUUUCGGUUGUUUAAAUGUAUAAAUCUUUAAUUCUUUAAUCGGGUCAGUCAUUGACUUUCGUAUCCAACCUUCAGGCCAGGCUGGGUUUUAGAUCCUUUGAAUGAGUUUCAUUAGGCUUUUAUAGUGAAAAUUUCAUAGUUGAAAAUUUGAUUUUGGAUGGGUUUCUGGAUUUAGAAAGAGAAAUGAGAGAGACAUCCGUCUCCUCUAUAAAUGUUUAGCUUGAAACCAUCAGGUCUGUUCCUUUUUUAAAUCAUAUGCUAGAUCAAAUGAAUGUAUGGAGGAUUUGAAAUCCAUCUUGGCAGAGAUUGCACUUACUGCAAGAAAUCAGGUACGCUGUGGGGACUCUUUAAAAACAUAAAAGUUUGGCCGUUCGCCUUCUUCCUUAACCUCAUUAUGAACAUUUUUGCAUAAAGUACUAACUGUUUGGAGAAGAAUAUGACGCAGUCUCAGAGUUUCAUCAGUGAAUCAUAAUACUAAUGCCAGAGAUUCUUCAGAUGAGAAGCACGUGUAUAAUUUCUAUGAUUUGACAUUCUUACCUGGUUUCCACUCGUCUUGGGGCAGAGUGCAGAUUGGAGUUAUUUCUCGCACGUAAUCAAGGUGAAAAAAAUUGUACUAGGAAGGGGGGGGGGAAGACGGGUUCCAUGCUUGAUUUAUAAAGGUCAGGGUACGCAUGCGUCUCCAUUUGAGAUGAUAUGCAUGCUUCGACAAUUAUUUUCUUCAUUGGUUGAUAGUGGAUACCUCUUUGCCCCUCCUUUUGUGUACUAAUAACCUUCUCGUCCAUACCGUACAAAGAAGUCCAUUUCGUGGAUCAUAUGAUCUCUUGACAACUAAUUACUAAUUUAGUUCAAUUAGACCAGGAUUCUGUUCUAAUAGUCUAUUUAUUACCCUUUUUUCUCUGAAAAAUCUGGGGGUCAGUUUUCGGAUUAUCAGAAAAACCCGUGUAUGAACACUGAUUCCCUUCUGAGGACUUAUUUCAGUUCUCUGAUCACAGGAGAGAAUGAAAUCUGCCUAAAGGCGUGCCUUUUUUCAGGUGGCCUGCCCUCUACCGUCUUUGUAAUGUAGAAGACAGAACUUUAAGAACCUAUGUGGACUGAGAGUGUGCCACUGACAUCAGACCUUGAUCUUCGUUAGUGGGAUCCAGUGAAUAUACGCAUCAAAAAAAUCUGGACGCUGACAUGGCACCUAAAUAUUGAAAAUUUUCUUUUCCCUCCCAUGGUUAUAAAUCGCUCCUCGAGGGAUUCUUGGUGAUGAUACUUAUUAUCCCAGAACUUUGAUAAAUUCAAAUUAUUACCUUUUUGACCAGGCUCUAAAACUUGUGAACAACUUUGAUGUCUCAAAUGCCAUUCUAAAAGUGGUCGGCACAUAUUACCCCUUUUUGCCUGAUCUUGAGGCUGAUCAUUAGCUUCCAUGUAAAAGAUCUUGUAUUAUUUAUGCAAGUUCUUUAUGAGCACCUCGGAGGAUACUUACCACACAGCCUACAUUUUAUUUUAUUCGAGUGUAUUCUAAAAUGGGUGAAGCUUCAUCCUAUUUGCCCUUCAAUCUCUUUUCAUGUUUGUCAUAGAAUCUGUUCUUUCUUGGACAGAAGGAGAAUGUUCCAGCUUUUUAGGACCUUACAUCCACAUCAAAUGACAGUAAAAUGAUCCAACUUUGAUGUCUCGAAUGCCAUUCCAAAAGUGUUAGGUACACAAUACCCAUUUUUCCCUGAUCUUGAGGCUGAUUUUUAGCUUCUAUUUGAAUGAUCUUGUAUUAUUUAUGCAAGUUCUUUAUGAGCACCUCGGAAGAGAUACCUACCACACCUACAUUUUAUUUUAUUCGAGUAUAUUCUAAAAUGGGUAAAGCUUCAUCCUAUCCACAUCAUAGCUAAAACCUGCUCUUCUAUCUCUCUUCAUGUUUGUCAUAAAAUCUGUUCUUUCUUGAACAGAAGUAGAAUUGUUCCAGCUUUUUAGCACCUUACAUCCACAUCCAAUGACGGGAAAAUUAAAUCACUGUAUUCAUGCAAAGCUGUGCACUUACCCAUCUUCUAAAUGGACCCUAAUCCUCUUCGCAUCCAACGGAUAUGGUCAAUUCUCUUGUCAGUCAUGGUUUCUCUCUCUCUCUCUCUCUCUCUCUCUCUCUCUCUCUCUCUCUCUCUCUCUCUCUCUCUCUCUUUAAGUUCCUUCAUUCCUUCCUUUUGAUUUUAAUUGAGGGAUGUCUGACUUUAUGAGCAUGAUUAAUUAACAGGGAAAUGUGAUUAGGGAGGAGGCAGCAAGGGGUCUAAACCCUGCCGUGAUAGUGCUCGUGGUCUUCGUGGGGCUGCUCCUGGUCUUCUUCGUAGGAAACUAUGUCCUCUAUGUGUAUGCCCAGAAGAAUCUCCCCCAAAAGAAGAAGAAGCCCGUCUCCAAGAAGAAGAUGAGGAAGGAGAGGCUCAAGCAAGGUGUCUCUGCCCCAGGAGAGUAG